AUAUGCUCGGUCGUCGGUACAGCGAGGGCGAGAAAAAGACAGAGCGAAGUGGGGUGAAACGGUGGUAGUAGAAGCUGAAGAAGACUCUCGGCGAACGAGUAGAAUCGUACGAACCUUCAUCGUGACCGCAGUAGCGGAUCUUUCACUCUGGUGCGCACGUUAACAGUACGACAGAUAGCAGCCGUACGUGCAGCGAUUCGUUUGUCGACGAUAGUUGAACAGAAGGUACGCGUAGCACCAACGAACGAGCGAAUCUUCAACCGAAAAGGAAAACGAACUGAAAGGAAAAAUGGUAUACGAGAGCGACUUCUACACGACUCGACGGCCCUACUCACGACCCCUCGUCUCGUCCUACAGCAUCACGGAUCGACCGAUUACCUUACCGAUCUCCACGAUUCUUCAGUUGAGAAGCAUUCCCCGCAUGCCAUACGUGGCUCAUAAACGGCUCGUGACUGUAAUCCACAUGCCGUACCAUACUGUGUACCAUGGUGGCAGUCUGAUACCGAUAAGAGUUCAUGCGCGUGUACGUCCCAGCGUCCUCGCAGCUGAGAUCAACAGGAUACGCAACCUGACAAGACCAUCCACCGAAUCCUACACGGAAAAGUAUCUUCAAUCAAAGGAUCACAUCUACUUCGACGACGAGGCGAGGGAAAUACGUGCGAGAGUGGAUUCCCUUCUGCGACGAGUUCACGUCUUCAUUCCACGAGCCGCAGCAAGCGACUUCGCGGAAGAGAUCGUGCCAGAACGUAUGCGUAGCGGGGAUUACGUGCGAAGACUGAUCUCCGGCAAGAACAACGCUAAGAAGGACAUGAUAGAGCCGGUUUCCUGGUACGAAGUGCCCGAUCGAGGUAACUUCGGUAAUCUGUCGUGCGUUAAAUACGUCGCCGGCAAGCCACAGUCUGUCAGGAAACCCUACUUCAAGGUUGCCGAUUUACGUCCUUCCGAUAUCAAAAACGAUGUGAAUUUUCUGAGUUACUACAGCAAGAACCGCGAGGCGGCGGCUAACGCCUCGCAAGAUCUGCCGAUGACAGACAGAGAGUUACGGAAGGCGCGGGCGUUGCAACCUGACGUGGACGAGUCAACGCUGAGGAAAGCUGUUAAAACAGACAAUGGAACGGAAUCAAAAGCAGAAAAGAAACGUGGAUCUAAGCGGGAAAAAGCCGAAACGAAGGAAACGAAAAGCGAGCCAGCCAAAGCUCAGGCGUUGGAACCUGUAAAGGAGCCAGAACCGGUAAAAGAGGCACAGCCUACACCGGAAGCUGUAAAGGAACCUGAACCUGUGAAAGAGCCUGAACUCGCGAAAGAACCAGAGGCCGUAGUAGAACCGAAACCAGAACCCGUAAAAGCAACCAAAUCUGCCAAGAAAGCCAAGCCUGUGAAGGAACCUGCACCCGUGAAAGAACCCGAGCCUGUGAAAGAACCCGAACCUGUACAGAAGCUGGAACCCGUGAAGGAACCCGAGCCUGUGAAAGAACCUGAACCUGAACCUGUACAGGAAUUGCAACCCGUAAAAGAACCCGAGCCUGUAAAAGAACCGGAACCUGUACAAGAAUCCGAACCAGUUAAGAAACUGGAAUCCGUGACAGAACCUGAACCAGUUGCAGAACCUGAAAAGACGUUGGAGGCAGAACCUACCGCGGAAUCACAGGUUACGGAACCCGUUGCAGAAACCCCACAGGAACCACAACCAGCAGCAGUUGAAGAACCGAUGCCGGUAUCCGAGCUGGAAUCUAAAGGAGAAUCUAAACCGGAAACAAAUUCAGAGCCUCAAAUUACGGAAGCUGUAAGUGAAUCGGAAGAAACAGCCGAAAAGCAGGCAGCGGAUAAGAAUGUGAGACAAGACAAGGAGGAGGCGGUCAAAAGAAUAGAGCAGUACCUCGUUAAAGCUGCCGAAGAGGCAAGGAGCGACGAGGAGAGGAAACAGGCUGCGGAGGAAGAAAGGGUGAAACUCGAAGCGGAAGAGUUGAAGGCAUGGGAGGCAUUGCAAGCGGCACAGGAACGGGUAGCUCAUCUCGAUGAGAUUGUCAAACAGGAACAAGCCGGGGCUGAGAGACAAGCCGAGGAAGAGAAAAUCGAAGCUGCUCGUUUGGAAACAGAAAGAAUACUCGAGCAAGAACGGAAGUUGGAAGAAGCUAAAGUAGAGGCUUUGCUGAAGGAACAGGAGCGAAUGAUCGUGGAGGAACAACUGGAGAAGGUUCGUCAACUAGAAGAGAAAGAGGAGAGGCUAGCGAAUGUCACGUUCGGCGAUGCAGACGAAGUGAAAGAUAUCGAUCAUUCUUGCGACGAUGUAUUAACGUGCGAUCUUACCGAUCAGGAGAGGGAGGAAAGGCCUUACGAUCCAGUCACAGACGACGACACCAGGAUCGAGGAAGAAGACAUGCACGAGGAGGAACACUUUGAUAUGACAGAGGAUCCUUUCGUCGAGGAACCAGAUGCAGCGGAAGGCAAAGUCGUGACUGGCGGAAAUGCCGUGGAAGAAUCGACGAAAAUCGAAGAGGUAACAUCCGGCGGGGAAGAGAGUUUCGAAUGGGGCAACGAAGACGAUUAAAAACCUCUGGAAAAUCGUGCCUCUUCUCUGUAAUCGUAACAUGCUGUCAUUCUCAUGUCCCGACUGUUGCCGUUGUACCUCGUUAAAUCGCGUAUGAAAGAAGAACGAAUAUUCGUCAACCACGAGUAUCGUUAAACGUCGUUCAGUUUAAGUUGCUUUAAGUCUUUUUCUUCCUUUGUUACCUUUAAGCCAUCCACGUCCAUUGUUAACGCACACUUAUUCGUACGAUUUGUUGCUAAUAAGAGACCACAAUUCGAUCGAGAGCGAACAUCGAUCUCUGUUGAUUUGCCAAUAGCAAAAGACUUUUCGAUGAACUUUAUAUCGCUACGCGUAUUUUAUAUUAUAUAUUUACAAGUAGAUCUAUAUCAAAUAGAUCAGAAAUUCAAGAAAAAAGACAAUUUUUUUAGAUAAAUAAAUUGCUUAUAAUUAGCGAAUGUUCGAUAGAUUAUCGUAUGUAUCAUUGUAUUUAUUUUAUGUAAUUUAUCUUGCUAUACGUCAGCCCCAACAUCUCACUUAAUCGAUAUCAGAGAAUGCUUGACUAGGUCUUACGUAACGUAUAAAUAAUGUAUACUAUAAUUGCGAAUGAAAACGAGUAUGUAAGAAAUUAUUAAUUUCAUAGCGGUUGCGCCGGAAAUGGAAGAUCGAUGGAAUUAGAACAAUCGUGUAAAAUUAAACGUGUCUGCAGUGCUUUGAAUGGUAGUCUUUUCUACGUUCUUCGCGAAGAAAGAACGAAGAAAACGACGAAAAUAUCAUAUUUUAAUUAACCAUCCCGAUAUUCCUUCACUCGAUUCAUACUGCACUUUUCAUACUUCUAGCACGUGUUGUAUAUUCGUAUAAUAAAUAUUUUGACUACACUUCUACAGCAAUAAA